GGUUUAAACUUAUAGCGUCAUUUCCCAUUAAAAAGACGCGUUCACGCAUGUGUGUACUACGAAAUAUAUAAUAAUAAGACAGUAAACACGUAUAGACCGCGACAAUUCGCAUGAAAAGUAGUGGGUAUUCCGAAUUAGGAAUAUUUAUUGAGCUUGUUGCAACGUUGUGUAGCAGCCAUCGCGACAAGAACGAGAAGUUCCGUUCCGAGUUUCGUCCCGUUAACGUGACACUCGCGCGCGCGUAUGUGGAUUUUCAGGGCAAGUUCGAGCGUCUAAGAAGAGGAAACGAUAAACUGAAACAGCCAGAAGCAUGUCCGAAUCGGCAGAUACGGCGACGACUGAUCAGACGUACUUCGAAACCUCUUAUUGCUUCAAAUGGAGCAAUUACCAGAGUUAUUUGUCCGAGGUCGUACGCCAGUUACUCGAAGAGGAAUGCAUGGUCGACGUGACGCUCUACGCGGGCGGAGAGCGCAUCCAAGCUCACCGCCUUGUCUUGUGUGCCUGCAGUAGUCUGUUUCAAGAGAUUUUAAGUCAAGUUAAUGAAGAACAUCCGACUAUUAUUUUAAGUGACAUAUCCCCUCAAGAUGUUAGGUCGAUUGUGGAAUUCAGUUAUAAUGGAGAAGUUCGAAUUCCAGUUGAAAAUAUUAAUAAUUUAUUGGCUGCAGCUCAUUCUUUAAAAAUAUAUGGCUUGAUGGAGAUCGAAGGUCUUGAUGAAUCCGAAAUACCUUACGAGAUAGAUACAACUACCGAAGAAGCAUAUAUUUUUAGUGAUUUGAAUAAAACGGAGGAAGAAGAAAUAAAAUUUUUUGAACAAUCAAAUGACGAAGACAUUAAAGAAACAAAAACAAGAAUUUUAAAUGGUGAUUCAGAUUCCAUUCAUAAAAAGAGAAGGCGAAGGGAGAGCGUUUGCAAAAAGGAAUAUAGCGACGAAAUGUUAUCAGCAGCUAUAACUGACAUACGUUCUGGAAGUUCAUUAUUAGAUGCAGCUGCAAGGAAUCAUAUUCCUAGAUCUACUCUUUAUAUGCGUGCAAAAGUAUUAGGAAUACCUUUAAAUCCUUCUAGAAGUGAAUAUACAAACGAAGAUAUGAAGUCUGCUAUAGAUGCAGUUAUUGCUGGAUCCAGUUUACAACAAGCUUCAGAUUUAUAUGGAAUUCCAAAAACAGUUUUAUGGAGGAGAAUUCAAAAAGAGGGAUGUCAAACACCUCGACAUGAUACAAGAAAAAAUUAUGGUGCUGAAAAGAGGGAAGCUGCUGUGCAAGCAUUAGCAAGGGGCGAAACUCUUACAAAAGUUGCAAAUGAGUAUAAGAUCCCAAAAACCACCUUAUUUCGUGACAAAGCUCGAUUAGUAGACGAAGGAAAACUGCCGUCAUCGUAUUGGAGAAAACGUAAAACCGAUACCGAAGAUUUAAAACGAUCUCGUUUAGAAGAAGCAGUCGCCGCAUGCAAAGAUGGAAAAAUGUCUCAAGCGACAGCAUCUGUAACUUAUCAAAUACCUAAGACCACUAUAUGGAGACGUCUUCAAAAAGAUAUUAAAAAAGAGGUAGUUACAUCAACUACAGAACUAUGUGUGAAAAAUGAAUUAUCUCAAGAAAAGAGUCCGGAGACAAUAAAGACAGAAGAAUUAAAUGAUGCCGAUUUUGAAGCAUAUUGUCCAGAUGAUUCAGAAAUGAAUAUAACAUAUAUGGAUGAAAGUAAUAUAUCAGAUGAUCCGGUUAUAAUACUUGCGAGCGAAGAUGUACACGAACUAAAUUUACCAAACAGCACAUCGUUAGUCGUUGUCCAAGAGAAUACCGAUGAAAAUUUUAUGUCAUGUGAAUUAGAAUUGGAUGAAAAUUCAUCAUUUGCAUCGAAGAGUUAACGAUCUUUAAAUUAGUUAAGAUGAUAAAUUAUCUGUAAAUAUUGCUUAUAAGAGGUUAUUUAUAUUAAAAACUAAAAAUUACUGUUUUAA